ACAGCACAGCAGCAUGGACAAGGAGGUGGAGGGGACUGUCAGCAAAAAUAAGCUGUUCAUGGCUGUGUUGUAUUUCAGACUACCAAUUCAUCGCAAUAUUAAAUGACAUAGACAACUUAGCACUUUGAUUGUCUACAUUGGAACCUUGCAGAACUGACGGAGAAGUGUGAGCUGGUAGCGAUCGCUUCGCCAGUGAGAAACCCGAGUGAGACCAAAGACAGAUACAGUGUUGAUGAUGGAGUGGUUCAGGGACGGAGAUCCCAUGUUCUCAGAUCCGGACGGAGAUCCCUGCAGUGCCUCUGGCUCUAUACCAAAUAACUUCGACACUCCGCCCCUUAACUUUCAGGCUCAAGCCAGGGCAGAGGGCCUGUCCUCGUCCAUGGCCUCCCUGUGCCAGAGUGUCAAGGCCUCAGUGGUGUCCAGCUGGGGGCUGGUGGAGGCCCAGGACCAGCUCUGCAGUCUGGAGCUGCACAGCUCAGAGUCCACGGAGCAGGAGCGGGCACGGGCCAGGGCCUCCUAUGCAGAGCUCAGCGUCACCGAGACGGAGUGGAGGCGCAAGGAGAGCAUGUUGGGAGGUCAUGACCCCAGCCACAGCCCCGUGCUUGGUGCCCAUGGCAGCAGAGACGUUUUCGACAAGAGCAUCAUCAAUGUCCAAAGCAAGAAUGUUGACAUGGAACAGGACAAGAGCAAGACUUUUGUUCAGAAGUAUGAACAAGAACUCAGACAUUUUGGUAUGCUGAGGAGGUGGGAUGACAGCCAGCGUUUCCUGUCUGACUUGCCCCAGCUCAUCUGUGAAGACACGGCCAACUACCUGAUCCUCUGGUGCUUUGGACUGCAGGCCGAGGAGAAGGAGGCACUGAUGGAGCAGGUGGCUCACCAGGCUGUUGCCAUGCAGUUCAUCCUGGAGAUGGCCAGCAGUUCCCAGCAGGACCCCAGAGGGUGCUUCCGACAGUUCUUCCACAAAGCUAAAGCAGGGCAGGAGGGCUACCUUGACGUGUUCCUGACCGAGUUGGAGGCCUUCAAGGGGAGGGUGAGGGAGCACACCGCCAAGACAAAGGGCGGCGACGGCCCCACAGACGCCAAACACCAGGCCACCGCCACGCCACACUGUCCCCUCGACCCCAAGGAGGUUCUGGAGUCGUUGCCUCCCGAGCUGAAGGCAGGUUUCCAGAUGCAAGACAGGCAGAUCCUCCAGAAUGUUCUGAGCACCAUGAACCCACAGGUGGCAGAGUACCAUGUAAAGCGCUGUCUGGAGGCGGGCCUUUGGGCAACUACAGCCAGGUGGGCGAAGGACGACACUGCAGAAACAGACGACCUGCGCAUGAUGGAGACCUCCUAGCCUAUGGGGUGCAAGACCUCUCGCUCCUUCAUCCCCCCCCCGCCCCAUCGUAAGGGAAUGACUCCUCAAUAUAGGAUGACGUCAAAAUGGAGGACUAAGGGCUAAGCUUCACAGAGACUUAUUUUUGUAUGCAGAAUCUGCGUCUGAAUGUGUCUUGCACUUUAAAUUAGUUCCAAACGGAAAGGUAUUUAAAAGAAGAACUGGAAGGACAGAGGGGCAUUUUUGAGAGACUUCCUGUUGCUUUCUUUCCUGCUCACCGUCCCUGUCUCCUAAUCACGUGGAUUUGAAAGUCUUUUUUUUUUCCCGGGGGCAGAUGCAUUUGGGCUUUUUUUUUUUAAACCAUCAGAAUUGUUGUUUUUCUGUUUAUUUUUGUCUGAAUGAAACAAUGCUUAGAAUGUCAGUCCGUGUGUUUUGAAGGGCCUCGUACUGCUCAUCCAGCUGGGGUUCUCUCUCAGAGGUCCCGAGUGUCACACAGAAGGUUGACCUGUCCACGCGCAGGCUCCCUCCAUCCACGUCGGUCACAGGCACUCGUUGGAAAGAGUGUAAACAACACGGAAGUGGGGAACUCUGACUGGAUCCAGCAUCUCGUUCGCUUCUCUUCAUUCGAGACAGAGUGGCCUACACAGACGGCUUGGCAGAGCGAGCGGAGAGGGUGUGUGGCCGUGACGACAUCCAUCAACCUGUUUACUGAUGGUUAAUUCAAGUACACUGUUGGCUUUAGUGCUGCUGCUGUUCCCAGGUGACUGAGGCCCAUCCAAUCCGUAAUCGAUCAAAAGGAAUUCGUAGGAAAGUGCGUUAACUUGCUGAACCCUGACUAAAACUUGACAUUACCUGGAUUGUUACAGAGACAGCUGAACUUCAAUAAGGAUUGUCUUCAUCAAGCAUCAAAUACAGGACCCGUCUCAUUAAGCUAUCAUCAUUUCCCACCAUGCCAUUCUGCUGGUGGCUCUGUCUGUGCUUGUAUAGAUGACAGGGUCGCAGCAGUGAUGCUCUUGAGAUGACAGGGUCGCAGCAGUAAUGCUGUGAGCCUUCACAGUGUCAUGCUAGGCCUGUCCCCUCCAUGACUGACAUACUAUGCAAAGCAACAUUGGAUUUCAGCUGCUGUGACAGUAAAAAUGAAAAGAAAACUCAACACAAAGGUUUGUUUAUUUAUGUGCCACCUCGGAACAAUCUGGAAUAUGCCGUUGGUUAUUUCACAAUAAACUGGGGGAAAUCUCCAGACUCCAGGAACCGGGUAUAGCUCCGACGUCGUCAUGGUACGCUUGUAAGCUUUUGUACGUAAAUCGCACAAAGAUGACAAUGGCUUCUUCAGGAUUGAAAUAUGAAACAAUGCUUGGCUUCUCCGGUGCCCUUUAAUGGAGCAUGGAUAUUGAUACAAAUUACCAAACACUAAUCUAGCCAGAUUAGAGCCAGAUCCCCUUAUUGUGCUGGAGGCUCUGUGCGCUAGCCAAGCACAGCACAGGAGGCAUGGCUUCCACACACUCCUUAAUAAGGUCCUUUGAUGUGCUCUAAAAGACAGCAACAAUAAACAUGAAUGAAGAUGUGAACCGCUACCGUGUGCAUCAUUUAUUUUCAUGUAUUCCCUUAAAUUAUUCCAUUGAGACAGAUAAAACUUGUUUCACAUAAGUAUACUAAUUCACAAAUGUCUUGCUUCAUCAAAAAUAACUAUAGAUUUUUUACUAAAUUGCUGGUGAAGACAUACAAUGCUGAAUACAACAACUCCAUAUUAAAACAAAUUAUAUUAGAAUCUAGUGGAAAUAAGGCCACGAUCAUAGAACAAACUACAGGUUUACACAGUGCUGCGUUCAUGGACGGCUUCUCUAUGGUACAGACUUCUAUGUAUGUAGCUGUUCUAUAUCAACAAUGUUUUUUAUUAGAGAGACGAUAGCUAGGUGCAUGUCAUGUUUGCCAAUGUAAUGUUUCCUACUCAGUAACAAACAGUCCCUCGUAUCUCUGUCUACUCCCACAGUGUACCCAUGGCCAGCUACCAAAGGCCACACUAUGAAGCUGCACCACAAUCAAGUGUCAGUCAUUAAAAAGGCAUACAAAUCAGUCAGUCUCCUUAAUAGCAUUGUGAUUCAUAGUUUCUGUAAAAACAAUCAUUCUAGACAUUAAAUUGCAUUAUAGGUACUUCAUGAUCUAGUGUCAACAUACACAUUGGGCACUUGUGCUACUGAAAUGUGAUAAGGAAUGACCCUGCCCUGUCCCAGACAGGCUGGGGGAGGAGUGUUCCCUGGCUCUGG